GGUGAGCACGGUUUGCUGCCGCUCAUUUCUUCCUUCAUCCUCAGCGCUGGGAGAAGCCCUGACGGCCAGCAGAGGGAGAGGACAGGAGGCCAGCCAAUCCCAAAGCCAAGGCCACACCCUUGGCCAGCAUGACCUGAGCGUAUAAAUACACCUGCCAGGACUCACAACCAGAGACUCACACCUGCCUCAGCACUUGACACCUGGAGGAGCACACGCAAACCCCCGAACCCCGCCUGCCUGGAACAUACCUGCCAGGCCAGCUGCUGUUGACCAGCCCGAGGAGGGACACCUGCCAGGUGAGCAGAGGCUGGGACUGCCCCAGAGGCAGGAGCAAGUGCUGCUGGAGCAGGAGAGCUUGGAGCCUCGGAGCCCAGCCGUGGCCAACUGGGAGGACCAUGCUCCAACCCCGCUGACCCCUGCCCACCAGCUCAGAGCCAUGGCGUCAGACGAGCAGGUGUGGCAUACGGCCACGCCACCCCCCAGCCGGAGCAGCACCACAGCAACAGUGCCCAGGUCCGCCAGCUCAGCCAGCAGCCCCAGGUCCCCCGGCUCAGUGAGCAGCCCCAGGUCUGUCAGCUCAGCCAGCAGCCCCAGGUCCCCCGGCUCAGUGAGCAGCCCCAGGUCCCCCGGCACCCCUGGCGCAGAGAAGGUGGCCUCCCCGCUGGAGUGCUCCAUCUGCUUCUCGGGCUAUGACAACAUCUUCAAGACACCCAAGGAGCUGUCCUGCACUCACGUCUUCUGCCUGGAGUGCCUGGCACGGCUGGCGGCUGCCCAGCCGACAAGCCGACCCGGCAGUGAGGCUGUGCCCUGCCCGUUCUGCCGACAGCCCACAGCUGUGCCCGCCACCGGGGCCCCUGGGCUGCGCACCAGCCGUCAGCUGCAGGCCAGGAUGCCGGCCCACCUGCGGCUGGAGGAGCCUGUCUGGUUGGAGGGCACCAAGCUGUGCUGCUGCCCCCAGCCCUCUGCACCUGGCCUCUCGGCCCCUGGCUUCGUGAGUGUGGACGUGGGCCUCAGCAAGCCCGCCGAGCCCACCGCACCCACUCCCAUCCCGGGCCCUGCCAGCCGCCGGGGCCGCCUGGCCCGCUGCUGGGCACGCUGCAGGGACUGGAGGCGCAUGGCACUCGUCACAGCCCUGCUGCUGGUGCUUUUCUGCGUGGUGCUCUGGCCCGUGCAUUGUGUGCUCAGGACCGGGAACCUGCACUGCCUGUCCCGGCCUCCUGCCAGCACUGUGCCGGCCACUGUCACCUACGCAGCCACCUUCUCUCUCGGAUCCCUGGCCGACAACUAGGGCUGUCCCAUGGCCCAGUCGUGGGUUCACAGCCCACAGCUGGAGUCACAGAUGCAGCAGCUACUGGGCGUCAGCUCCCCAGGACCCCAGAGGACCCCCAACAUCUCCGAGGACCCCAUUUGGCUCACUGCCCCCAUUCUAUGGGGCUGGGUCCUGAUGGGGAGAACAAAAGGCUCUCCCAGCCUCCAGGAGUCACAGGCUCCCGUGAGCCCCAGGGAGAACCCCCCAACUGCCAUCAUGCAGCUGGGGAAACAGUCCAGGAGAGAUGGCCUGGCCAGGCCCGCCCUGCACACACACUGUGAAACGCCCACAGGGCAGCCCCCCGCUGAGAAGGGGGGGCGCGUCAUCCUUACUUUCACCUUUCACCCACGGCUCCUUCCCCAGACGGUGAGUGCCCAGGCAGGGCUGGCCCCUUCCGUCGGGUGGGCGUGGACCGUGCCCUCUGACAGGGCCAGAGAGGACAGUGGCUGAGAGCCAAGCCUCCCAGUGCCCAUCCCACCCUCCUCAAUUGUACAUUUUUAA